CAGAACUUAUCAAAGAAAUAUUGGCCAAUAAAGAAGACACUUACCCGAAAAUGGACAUGGAAGGCUAUGCAAAAAAACUACUAGGGGAAGCACUAAUAACCAAUGAAGGUGAAAAAUGGGCAAAAGUAAGAAAACUAGCCAACCACACUUUCCACGCCGAAAGCCUGAAACAUAUGGUGCCAGAAAUGAGUGCGAGUGUUCAAACAAUGCUAGAGAAAUGGAAAAAACACGAAGGAAAAGAGUUCGACGUGUUCAAGGAUUUUGGACUGUUAACAACUGAAGUAAUUUCCAGGACAGCGUUUGGAAGCAGCUAUAUGGAAGGCAAACAUAUUUUCGAGAUGGUGGCAAAAUUAACUGCAAUAACUGUCAAAAAUAUUUACAAUGUCAGAUUUCCUGGAAUCAGUAUGCUAAUAAGAACAAAUGAUGAAAUUGAAGCAGAGAAACUUGAAAGAGGAAUCAAGAGCUCCAUCCUUGAGCUAGUAAGGAAAAGAGAAAAGGUUAAAGAUCGAACGUUUGAGAAUUUUGGGACUGAUUACCUAGGACAACUUAUGAAGCUUUUGCACGAAUCGGACAUGAACAAAAGUAUCACAAUAGAUCAAAUGAUCGACGAGGUCAAGGCAUUGUUUGGUGCUGGACAUCUUACAACAACAAGCUUACUUGGUUGGUCUGUUUUUCUCUUAGCACAUCAUCCAGAAUGGCAAGAAAAAGCCAGAAAAGAAGUGUUAGAAUUUUGUGGCCUUAAAAAUCCAACUUCUGAUGCAAUCACAAGACUAAGAACAAUGAACAUGAUACUUAAUGAAUGUAUGAGAUUGUAUCCUCCAGUUAUUACAAUGACAAGGAAAGUUAAAAGAGAAGUUAGACUAGGGAGCAUGACUCUUCCUGCUAACAUGACAAUUUUCAUGCCAAUUUUGGCACUGCACCACGAUCCACAAAUUUGGGGUAAAGAUGUUCAUAUUUUCAAACCCGAGAGGUUCGCAGAAGGGGUGGCUAAAGCAACAAACAACAACGCAGCAGCAUUUUUCCCCUUUGGAUUGGGACCUCGUACUUGUGUUGGUCUGAAUUUUACAACAAAUGAAGCAAAGAUUGCCUUAUCAAUGAUUUUGCAGCGUUAUAAGUUCACUCUGUCACCUAAUUAUGUUCAUAAUCCUUGUGAUAUUUUCAUUUUGACUCCCAAGGAUGGAGUUAAAGUUGUCCUUGAAUCUAUUUAG